AUGGAGGAGCCAACCACCACCGCGGCUGCCAACCAUGGCUCUUCUUUGGAGGUACCGUUGCCACAGAAGCCCUCGACGGAAGAGAAGGAACAGACACCUCUGCCGUCGCGUCCCAACGUCGCGGCUCGACACGCAAAACGCCUAACCCUCAAUUUCCCCAUUGUGCCGCCUCCUAAUCUUCGAUCAGAACAGUCGUCGCCAUCUGUCGCUACGCCUGCUGCCGAGUCCUCUCCGCGGAUGAUGUCACCCGGCCAGUCCAUUCCUGAUGCCUCCAUCCUAGGCGAGGCACUAGCUCAAGAACCGACCGGUCUUUUGACGGCCAUUGCUUCGCAAGAGCGCAAAGUCCUCGAAAUCAAGGAAGAAUUACAAAAAGCCGAGGCGGAGUUGACGAGUUUGAAGAAGCAAUGGGUUCGGAGCGAGAGACAAAAGAAGCAGACGGAGAUCAGUCACCAUGCAGAAGCUAUGCGGCCUAUACGGUCAUCUGUGGGUGGCUCAGUUGAUCAUUCUUCCGGAGAUCCGAGUACUGCAGCUGCGUCGGUGACAACACCCGUAGAUACCGUACCUGCUCAGAUCAGAAGAAGUAAAGAAUUGGAGAGACGGAGCAGUAUCCGCAGUGCUGCGAAAGGCGAAACAACCAUCUCUGCAAACGGCCGGCGGGUCUUUGCUGGCUCGAAACAUACUCGGACCCUGUCUUUACUUUCGCCUGAGCUAGGUGUGGUCAGACCACCGUUCCCAAUGGCAAGUCCUUCAGGAUCGACCACAAGCAAUGAAACUCAGGCAACGCGACAUCCUCGAUCUGCUACGCUACCAUCUGUGGAACGGGCUGAUACAUCAAAGACGGCGGAGGCAUCGGACAAGUCGACAGACGAGAAUCAUUGGCGGCGGUCUUUGCCUCCGCCAUCUAGCGAAGCUCUUCUACGCACUGGUAGACAGAUGGCAUCCGAUUUGAGAGAGGGACUAUGGACAUUCCUAGAAGAUAUUCGACAAGCUACGGUAGGCGAGGAAGGAAUCAGCGCUACUCGAAAUCGUACCUUACAACCCCCAGCAUCCACCACACCACGCUCCCGGAGCGGUCAACGAAGCGAACGGAGCGUGACACCGGUUCGACGCCGGGAACAGAAUGGAGCUUCUGUCGGUCGUACAAGCUCCUCAUCAUCACUGUUCAAGGAUGCCGCGGCAUCAAAGAAAAAUGGUAAUAACAAUUCUUCUUCUCCUCAUAUAAUUUCUUCGGCCGGCACAGAGGUAUCAUUUUGGAGUGAAUUCGGAGUUGAUACCCCGGGGCAGACGCUCAAACCCAAUCAGACCACCGUCGCCAACAAUACCCGAAAAGGACAGACAGGGUCCGGAAACUCGAACCAACUCGAAGUGGAGGAGGAGGAUGACUGGGAUAAUUGGGAUACGCCGCAGCCAGUUAGGAAAUCGCAUACGCCUUCGUCUAGUCGGUCGACGGUUAUUUCUAGAAACGAACAAUCUCCUUCAACCCAGCUCAGCAGUCCAAGGACUAGUGCAAGCUUUGGGGAACGAAAUACCGAUGAAGGAGAACGUCCUCGCUCGGAUAAUGGCAUUCCAUGGCCAGCAUUGAGCAAAUUCAGUGCUUCUCAACUCACGCGCACCGCGUCAAGCUUGAUGGAUGAAUGGGAAAAGAGUUUGACUUCCCCCUCGUCAUCCUCGAAAGCGGAGCAGGACGAUUGGGAGGCUUUUUGAUCCGAUCCGUCUUAUGCUAUCAUGAACUGCCAAUUAAAAUCGAACCUCUUGCAUAUACAUAUCUUUCUACCUUUUGACACGAUGUUUGUUUUUUAUUUUUUAUUUUUUUUUUCUUGCACCUUGUUUUCU